GUCAAAAACUUCAGGGUGGUAUAAAAAGAAGAAGAUAGAGAAAUGUUUGUUUUGCAAAAGUUUGUGUGAAGGAAAAAAAUCUCACAAAUAGAUUUUUCUAUUUCGUGGUUGAUUUUCAAAGUGAAUCCACGUGCUUGCGCGACACACGAGCGAGAGGAAAGUGAACAAAGAUGUUUCGCAGCCGCAGCUGGUUCGGGGCAAAUUGGAAUAAGCCCAAGAACAGACUGUCCCUGGAGCAUAUGAAGUACCUCUAUUCCGUGCUAGAGAAGAACUUGACGGUGUCCGAGAGCAACAGAGGGUUGCUCGUGGAGACACUGAGAUCAAUUGCUGAGAUUCUCAUCUGGGGGGAUCAGCAUGAUUCCUCUGUGUUUGAUUUCUUCCUGGAGAAAAAUAUGCUCUCCUACUUUAUUCACAUCAUGCGUCAGAAGAAUGGUGGUCCGAGUUUUGUGUGUGUCCAACUCCUGCAGACGCUCAAUAUUUUGUUUGAGAACAUCCGGAAUGAGACGUCACUCUACUACCUCCUCAGCAAUAAUCAGGUGAAUUCGAUAAUUGUGCACAAAUUUGACUUUUCCGAUGAGGACGUCAUGGGCUACUACAUCCUCUUCCUGAAGACCUUAAGCCUGAAGUUGAACAAACACACCAUCCAUUUCUUCUACAAUGAACACACAAAUGACUUCCCUCUCUACACGGAGGCCAUCAAGUUCUUCAAUCAUCCGGAAUCCAUGGUCAGGAUUGCCGUGCGGACAAUCACCCUCAAUGUCUAUCGCGUGCAGAACACCAAUAUGCUGCAAUUUAUUCGCGAUCGUACGGCUGCUCCGUACUUCAGCAACUUGGUUUGGUUUAUUGGCAAUCACAUCCUAGAAUUGGAUGCCUGUGUACGCAAUGAUACUGACCACCAAUCCCAGAGUCGUCUGUCAAAUCUCGUGGCUGAACAUCUGGAUCAUCUGCACUACAUUAAUGACAUUUUCUGCCUCAAAAUUGACGACUUGAAUGCCGUUCUCACGGAACAUCUUCUGCACAAACUCUUCGUGCCACUUUACAUCUUCUCCCUGACUCCUGCUCCGUCCCUGUCAAUUGCCACGGUGACCCAGAACCUUGCAGCUGUACUGAACAAAGUGGUUGAGAUUGAGGAUGUCCCCGAAGCCAAUAAUCCCCGCGUGUCCGUCGUGACGGCAUUCUUCCUCAUCAGCAUGGUGUUCCUCGUGAUAAAGCACCCACCCCUCGUGCACACCCUCGCGUGGGUGAUCUUCAAUGCCGACAACAGUAUUUUCAAAGAGGGACUCGUGAAGCUCCUUGACGCCUACACGGAUCGCAAGCAAUUCGUCUCUCUGGGCUUUGCUGAGCCACAGGAGAGUCUCGAGAGGGCCUUGGAAACCACCCUGAGUGCCACAAAUUCAGACACAAACAUCUCCACUGGCGGGGAUUCACCGCAAGAGGAGCAGCAGCCAACAAGUUUGCCCGCAUUGGUGCAACAGAGUGAACUCAAUCAGACGGAUGAGGAGAAGGAGAAGAUGAAAGGACCCGACGAUGAACCCACAACAAAUCACCCCUUCCUGGACACUGUCAUCUCUGCAAUGGAUUGUGCUGAAAAUGACUACCUCGCUCUCUUAGCUCUCUGUCUCAUUUAUGCCAUUGUCGACAAUCCAGGAGUCGAUAGAGAUUGGCUCGAGAAGACCCUCAAUUCGUCCAGUUCGUGUGGGACAAAGUGUAAAUCACUCUUUGUGGAGAAGCUCCUCAAAAUUGCCUACAUGUCCAGUACUCCUGCCAGUCGAAUCCGUCUUGUAACACUUGAACUCAAUGCGAUAUUAAUACAGAGAUUUACACGCUCUUCAAAUAGGUAUGAAUUGAGCGAGGGGCAGCAUGCAAUGCUAAUAGAGAGUCGAUACCAUAGCAUGAAUGUGGUUAAAUUCUACUACAAAUCCGAGGAUAUAUUUCUGGAUUUAUUUGAGGAUGAAUACAAUGAAAUGAGCAAAUCGUCCCUCAAUGUGGAAUUCCUCUGUGCUGAUUCGACAAUUCUUCUCCCACCGACGGGCACCCCAUUGACGGGUAUUAUGUUCACACGACGUCUUCCAUGUGGUGAUGUGGAGAAGGCCAGGAGGGCCAUAAGGGUAUUUCUCUACUUGCGGCGCCUAUGCCAAAUUGUCUUUGGGGAAAUUGAGACACUCUUACCGCUGACAAAUCAGCACAUUUGUGUGGACAUUGACGAUGUGCUGGAUUUGAAUAACAGUGACUUGAUUGCAUGUACGAUUAUAAUGAAGGAUGGGCAGAAGCAACGGAGAUUCCUUGUGAUUGAUGUGCAGCAAUUGAUACUUGUGGAGCCGGAUUUGAAGCGUUUGGGGUGGGGAAUUGCAAAGAUUGUGGGUUUCCUCCAAGAUACCGAAGUGUCGGGGGAUAAAGAUGACACACGAUGCCUCCAUCUUACAAUUUCACGCGGUGGUGCGACACGCAAUCAAUCGCCCCUCCUUUCAGCAAAGCUCGUCUUUGAUGACUACAUCCGUUGUAUGGCAGCUAAGCAGAGAUUAACAAAGGGACGAAGUAAGGUGCGACAGAAGAAAAUGCUCCAAAUAGCACAAAUACUGGAAAUCAAAGAGCCAAGCACUGAAGGAAAUAAUGCAGGGAUUGCGACAAGUGGAAGAAUAACGCUUAGGGAGCACCGUCCAUUGUUUUCCACCGCCAAUCGUGUUCCUGGCUUUGCAGCAGCUCUCCGGCUCGGAAGUAUGCCGUCGGCGGGUGUGAGUCGUGUUCAAAUUGCCAAUAGAGGCAGUAUGAAUAGCUCUGGAGAUGGGAGAAGGAGUCCGAGUUCUUCAUCGUAUGGACGACAUACAUCACGGAGAGACACAGAGGGAUCACUAUCGUCGAAUACAAGUCGCCCCGGGACAAGGGAGUCGAGUCCCCGAACUCCACGGCCACGAUCUGAAGAGAUUCCCCUGGAGGACUUUCGACGAUCCGCAAGUCCAGGAGCUAUUUCGCGUUCUCCCGCAAAUUCGUUGUGGCGCCCGUCGACACCGUCAAAGCUCGCAAUGGAGAAGGCAAAUCACGAUGAGGGUGCAAGCUAUGGCAACAACCCAUCCGACGGGCAAGAGGAUAAAACGGUAAGUAGUACAUCUGAGGAGACAUCCUUCAUUGCUGGCGAGAGAAAGAGCAAAAAGUCCUCGUCAAUUCAAACGGUGUAAAAGAUUUUAUUGGUUUUAGCAAAAAAAAAAGCGCGAUCAUAAAGAAAUAUCAAACAAUGGAAAAAAAUGAAUCACAAUAAAAUGAUACUUGAAGACUUUUAUCGCGGAAAAAAUAAAA